UUGCUUGCAGAAAAAAUAGGGUUCUGAUAGGCUUAAAGCUGGAGGCUGCUCUCUCCUCUUCUCUGUUUUUUGCUCGCCUAUUGGAAAUCCUCUCUUUCCAGAUUGCCAGUAGCUAGAUCACAAUGACAGACCGAGUGCUUGUGAUUGGCAGUGGAGGGCGAGAACAUGCUCUGGCUUGGAAACUGGCACAGUCUCCACACGUGAAGCAGGUAUUGGUUGCUCCAGGAAAUGCAGGAACAGCAAAUGAUGGGAAGAUCUCUAACUCAGCUGUCUCAAUCAGUGAUCAUGCUGCUCUUUCCAAGUACUGUAAAGACCAGAAGAUUGGACUUGUAGUGGUUGGUCCAGAAGUUCCUCUUGCUGCCGGAAUUGUUGAUGACCUGACAGCUGCUGGUGUGAGAUGUUUUGGUCCUACAGCCAAGGCAGCUCAGCUAGAAUCCAGUAAGAGCUUCUCCAAGGCAUUCCUUGAUCGUCAUGAUAUCCCAACUGCAAGAUGGAAAGCUUUCACUAAUGCAAAAGAAGCUUGUACCUUUAUUAACAGUGCAACCUUCCCUGCUCUAGUUGUAAAGGCAAGUGGUUUGGCUGCUGGAAAAGGUGUGAUUGUGGCCACUAACAAAGCAGAAGCAUGCAAAGCUGUUCAUGAAAUAAUGCAGGAUAAAACUUUUGGAGCAGCUGGAGAAACUGUUGUGGUUGAGGAACUACUUGAAGGAGAAGAGGUUUCUUGCUUGUGCUUUACAGAUGGUGUCACUGUUGCCUCCAUGCCACCUGCCCAGGAUCACAAGCGGCUAAUGGAUGGAGAUCAGGGCCCAAACACAGGUGGCAUGGGUGCGUAUUGCCCAGCACCUCAGCUAUCCAAGGAUCUGCUUCUGAACAUCAGAAAUUCUAUUCUCCAGAAAACAAUUGAUGGCAUGAGAAAUGAAGGCAUUCCUUACAUAGGUGUGCUGUAUGCUGGGCUAAUGCUUACCAAAGAGGGACCCAAAGUCUUAGAGUUCAACUGUAGAUUUGGUGACCCUGAAUGUCAGGUAAUUCUACCAUUACUGAAGAGUGACCUUUAUGAAGUUGUACAGGCAACCAUUGAUAGAAAGUUAGCUUCCUGCAUGCCUGUUUGGUUUGAACACUGUUCCGCUGUGACUGUGGUGAUGGCUAGUGAAGGCUAUCCAGGAAACUACCCUAAGGGUUUGGAAAUAACAGGAUUUUCCCAGGCUAAAGAGCUAGGCUUGGUGGUGUUCCAUGCAGGCACAGCCUUGAAAGAUGGCAACGUUGUGACCAGUGGAGGCAGAGUCCUCACCGUGACAGCUAUCAAAAAAGACCUUAUGUCUGCACUCAAGGAAGCCAACAGAGGAGUAGAAGUAAUUCGGUUCAAAGGCGCCAUUUAUAGAAAGGAUAUUGGUUAUCGAGCAAUAGGUUUCCUUAACCAAACCAGUGGUCUGACUUACAAAGAAAGUGGUGUAGAUAUUGCAGCUGGUAACACCUUGGUUCAGAAAAUUAAGCCUUUAGCGGCAGCAACAUCAAGACCAGGCUGUAAUGCUGAGCUUGGAGGGUUUGCUGGCCUCUUUGAUCUGAAGGAAGCUGGAUAUAAAGAUCCAAUUUUGGUAUCUGGAACUGAUGGUGUUGGGACAAAGCUCAAGAUUGCCCAGAUCUGCAACAAGCAUGACACGAUUGGGCAGGACUUGGUUGCCAUGUGCGUCAAUGAUAUCCUGGCUCAAGGAGCAGAACCCCUCUUCUUCCUUGACUAUUUUGCCUGUGGAAAGCUGGAUGUUGGGAUGGCUCAAGCAAUCAUAGCUGGAAUAGCAGAAGCUUGUAAACUGGCAGGAUGUGCUCUCCUUGGAGGAGAGACUGCAGAAAUGCCUGGCAUGUAUCCACCUGGAGAGUAUGACCUGGGUGGAUUUGCAGUGGGUGCUGUGGAGCGAGGACAGAUGCUACCCCAGCUAGACAGAAUUACUGAUGGGGAUGUGGUCAUUGGAAUUGCUUCUUCUGGUGUUCACAGCAAUGGAUUUAGUCUCGUGAGAAAGAUUGUUGAAAAAUCAUCUUUAGAUUUUUCCUCUCCUUCAGUGGGUGGCUCUACCAACCAGACGUUAGGAGAGCAACUACUUACACCUACUAAAAUAUAUAGCAAAGUUCUUCUGCCAGUUCUUCGGUCAGGUCAUGUGAAGGCAUUUGCCCAUAUCACUGGUGGAGGGCUCCUGGAGAAUAUUCCGCGUGUACUCCCAGCAUCCUUAAGAGUGAUUUUAGAUGCCUUAAAUUGGAAGAUACCCAAGAUCUUUUCCUGGCUUCAAGAAGAGGGAAAUCUUUCAGAAGAGGAAAUGGCUCGAACUUUUAAUUGUGGGAUUGGUGCAGUCCUGGUGGUGCAGAAGGAAUUGGCUGGAGAUGUUCUGAAGGAGGUCCAGAGACACGAAGAGGCAUGGGUGAUUGGGAAAGUUGUUCAGCAUCAAAGAGUGUCUGCCCAUGUUGAAGUCAACAACUUGCUUCAAGCCUUACACGCUAAUAGGCUGCAGUUCAUGGACCGCCAGCCAAGCAAAACCCAGCCAAGCAAAACAAGGGUGGCUGUCCUUAUCUCUGGUACAGGUACAAAUCUGGAAGCUCUCAUAACCAGCGCAAUGCAGCCAACUAGUUAUGCACAAAUAGUCCUUGUUGUUUCUAACAAAGCUGGUGUAGAAGGGCUAAAAAGAGCAGAAAGAGCUGGUAUUCCUACGAAGGUAAUUGACCACAAACAGUACAGUAGUCGUACAGAGUUUGACAGUGCUGUUGAUAAAGUCCUUGAAGAGUACUCAGUUCAACUGAUUUGUCUCGCAGGAUUUAUGCGGAUCUUAUCUGGUCCUUUUGUCAGAAAGUGGGAUGGAAAAAUAUUGAACAUCCAUCCAUCGUUGCUACCUUCAUUUAAGGGAUCCAAUGCUCACAGGCUAGUGCUGGAGGCUGGCGUCCGAGUCACUGGGUGUACUGUGCACUUUGUUGCUGAGGAAGUUGAUGCUGGAGCCAUCAUUUUUCAAGAGCCAGUUCCAGUGAAGACUGGAGACACAGAGAAGACUUUGUCAGAAAGAGUGAAAGAGGCAGAGCACAGAGCCUUCCCUGCAGCUAUGCAGCUGGUGGCUAGUGGAGCAGUGAAGUUAGAAGAUGGAAAGCUCAGCUGGAAUGUCAAAAAACAUAACUGAAGUGAACAACAACUAUGACGGUAUAUUUUUGAAAAGUACCUAGAAGAGAGUGACUUGUAACAAAAGAGUAUCUGUAACACAUUACUUUGAAGCUCUGUUUUGCAUCAUAACAUAGGGCUGUAGAAUUUUAAUGUAUCUUCAUUACAUCAAGAUGAGAUUGCUGAACUGGGAAGGGAACAAACUUGCUAUCUUUAAUGUUCAGCCACUUGGCUACAGUCUAGCUGCUAAAAAUGGAGGGGGCACAGCCAAGCCAUUUGAUUGAUCCAUGCAACUUCAAUCACAGUAUCAUGAGGUCUUACUAUGGUGCAUUGAAAUAUCUGAAACUUUCAGGGGAGACUAUGCUGCCCAUAGAGCUUACCAUCUUAUGAUCACAAUACAUGUAAUACGAUUCUGCUUUAUAAGUUCAGACUGCAUGGUAUUUUAAUCAGGUCUAAUAAUCAGUGCCCUCACAAACAGGAAUUACAGCUAGGAUUGGUAUCACAUCUUAAAAGCAUUAAUGGCCACAGUGUUAUUAAGCAUUUUAAUAGCACAUCUCAACAGUGAUCUUUUUCUUUCUAAAUACCAAGGUAAUUUAGAAUCAAAUCCAUUAACUUUCUUUGUUAUAGCAGUGGUGCCAAAUGUUCUUGAAAGUACUAAACACUUGAAAGAAACACAGCAAUAUCACUGAAUACCAGAGCUAUACUUAGUUAAUUACCUACAUCAGAUGUUGUUCUCCCUUUUUUCUCAAUAUACUAUACUGUGAAACAUAGUUGAAUAGUCUAUUAAAACUUAGCUUGUUAUAUCAUACAGGCAUGUGAAAACAUUAUUUGGGAUGUUUUAUCAUGUCUAGGAAACACAGUGGGAACAGACUGAAAUUACAUAACUCCUGUUUGAAAGCAGAAGCGGGAAUAAGAUGUUUAUAUAUUAUGCUACAUAUUAUGAAAAAGAAUUUCAUGAUUUUCUAUAAAGAGAAUAAGUAUGUUAUUGCCCUGCACCAUGUUUUUGUUAUCCUCUUGAGAAAUAAUCAGUGUUCAAAUAGCAAGCAUCCACAGGAGUUGGACUUGAGCCCCAAUACUGUUACAUUCCUGUUACCCAUUCUGUACUGAAAUGCUCUGUAAUUGCAAACUGCAUUCUAAUAAAAAUAAUUAAUACAAGGAAUUAUAUUUUUAAAGAAAUGAAUUAAAUGAAUCUAAACACA